AUGGCUAGUCCCUCUGCCUCCUCGUUUUUUCUCUUGCUCUUGCUGCCAACUAUCCUGGGCAUGGCUAGUGCCUAUUCUCCAGUCCAGAUUUGUGUACGUCCCUGCCCAAUUGAGGUUAACCUGCACCUAUACCUCCACCAGUUCGUUGCUGGACCAAACCACCCAAACCGCAACGAGGAAUUCCUGAUAGCCCCAGCAAAUGCCUUUGGUUUUGGUACUACCCUCAUCCAUGAUUGGACCUUGACCAGAACAACCGAUCCUAACGAUACACUCGUCGCACGUGUGCAAGGCACACACAUCCAAGCUGGCACGACAAAUGCUAACAGCUGGUACAUUUCGCAGAACAUAGUGUUUCAGAGUGGCAGAUUUGCAGGGUCCACACUUCAGGUGAUGGGGACAUUAACCGAAAACAGUGUUGGCCAGUGGUCUAUCGUCGGUGGGACCGGACAGUUUACGCUGGCCCAGGGUAUUAUCAACUACAAGAUGGAUCCGUCUUCUAACAAGGAUGAUGCUAUUAGAGAACUUAAUAUUCGUAUCCUCUAUGACGCAGAUGAUGUACAAGUGGCUCGUGAUGGUGCAUUACGCCUGGUGCAAAACUAA